ACAAAGACUACAUCCGGAUAGCCCCGCCCUCUGACGGAAGAAGACUUCACCGACAGUAAACAAAAGCUAAUCAGCUUCCUGAUUUGUCUGAACAAGGUUUAACCAGUCAGAUUCCAGAAACUAAAGAACAGUUAGAAAGUCAGCUUGAAUCGGCACGGCAGGAAGUAGCAACCACUAUACAGGAAGUGGAAGACUUUGAAUUUGACGAAAUGUCUCAAGAAUUAUUGAAUAAUGCUGUGUCGCGGCUUGAAUCUGUUGCAGCACGUUUAGAAUCAUUGUCAAGGAAUGUUGGUGUAGGUGGCGGUAGUAGUAGUAGUGGUCCCGCUGAAGCAGUUGAAACUGGACCAACAGUGAUGGCCUAUGAUGAAAUUAUUAACGGACCAUUGGCCAAUUUUAUUGCUUUAUCUAAGAAAAUGGAUGCUGGUGUACAGGAAAUGGUAAAUCUUGUAAGUCAAUCGUUCCAAAAGGAACGUGAUAUCAUUGUUACUGCUGCACAAUCACAGAAACCAUCUAUGGAAGUAAUGGUAGAAAUAUUUAAACCACUGACCACACAAGUAACUGCUGUACAGUCAUAUCGUGAAGCUAAUAGAAGUAACAGAGCAAUUGAGAACCAUCUGGCUUGUUUAAGUGAAUCUAUUGGUGCUUUAGGAUGGGUUGGAGUGUCACCAGCACCUGUACCUUAUAUAAAAGAAAUGCAGGAUAGUGGAAUAUUUUACAGUAACAGAAUACUGAAGGAGUUCAAAGAAAAAGAUCCAUCUCAAGCUGAAUGGGUGAAAGCAUGGAAUCAAACUUUAGUAGCAUUACAAGCUUAUGUUAAACAACACCAUACUACUGGUUUAACAUGGAAUCCUAAGGGUCGUAAUGCAUCGGCUGGUUCUGCACCUCCUCCACCACCACCACCUGCUGGAGUCCCUCCUCCUCCACCUCCAGGAGCUCUUCCGCCACCACCACCACUAGGAGUAGCAGCUCCAGCAUCUAAUAAACCAGAUACAUCAGCCUUGUUUAGUGAAAUUAACAAAGGAGCUGAUAUUUCUAAAGGUUUAAAGAGAGUGACUGAUGAUAUGAAGACCCACAAAAAUCCUGCAUUAAGAGAAGGUCCAGCUCCUUACAAACCUCCUGUAACAAGAAAACCUGUUUCUGCCCCUACACCUGCUAAGCCCGCUACUGUUCAUCCACCUGUAACUAAACUAGAAGGCAAGAAGUGGAUUGUUGAAUAUCAUAAUGAUAACAGAAAUAUAUUAAUAGAUAAAACUGAAUUAAAGCAGACAGUAUAUAUUUAUAAAUGUGUUAACAGUACCAUACAAAUAAAAGGAAAAGUUAACUCUGUUAUUAUGGAUUCAUGUAAAAAAUGUGGUGUUGUAUUUGAUGAUAUUUUAUCAUCAUUGGAGUUUGUUAAUUGUCAGAGUGUACAGGGACAGGUGAUAGGUCGAGUACCCACUGUUAGUAUUGAUAAAACUGAUGGAUGUCAAGUUUAUCUUAGUAAAAAUUCUCUUGAUUCAGAGAUUGUAUCGGCCAAGUCCUCUGAGAUGAAUAUACUUGUCCCAACUCCUGAUGGUGAUAUGAAAGAAUUUGCUUUACCCGAACAAUUUAAAACAAGUUGGAAUGGAAGUUCUUUUACGACCUCCAUGACAGAGAAUCUGUAAAAUAUACAAAGCCUUACUAUUAUAUUGUAUCAUAUUUAUGGAACCAUUUUACUUCUUCACUUAUUUACAAAACUAAUUAUAGGGAAAUCAUCAAAAACUAAAUUAUUUCUUGAAUUAUAUAAUAUUUAAAUGUUAUUUUAUAGAAAAGCUUCAAUACAAAAUGUUAAAAAAAUUAAGAGAAUGCCCCUAAAACAAUUUAAUUCAAUGAUUGACUAAUUCUUGAAAAAGACUAAAAAUUUACUGCUUUUGUUCGAAAUACUUGAAGCAUUUACAAGACAUUUUGAAGAAGCAUAAGUUAGAGAAAAAAAAAAAAGCAAUGGAAUGUCAUUGACCUAACAACUAUCAUCAUGUUGAUCAUUAUAAGAAGAUCUAGGAAUGGAAUGGGAGAAACUCAACUUAAUUUAAUGUUUUAUAAGCCAGUUGCAUAAAACCAUGACAACCCUGCAUGAGAAAAGUAUUGUGAAGAAAUGAAGAUUGAAAUGGUGCUUAUAAAUAAUGCUUAUCUUCUGCUUUUUUUAAAAAUAAUUCAAUUCAAUUCAAUGGAAUAAAUAAUAAAUAUAUCAGUUAAUUUGUAUGAAAAAGAUUUAAAAUUAGAUAAAAUGUCAUUCUUUAUGCAAUAUUCAAAGAGUUAAAUACUCCAUUAGCAUGGAAAUUAUCCUUUACUUCCAAGUACAGGUAAUGCUGUUUCUGUUCCUGAUUACCGUGACUGAAAUAUCUGAAGUUUAUUUAUAAGGAUAUCGUUAUUAGCUUUCAGUAUUGAAUUGACCAAUAACUGUGGCAAUAAUAAUGUGAGCCUUCAAAAUAGUUACAAAGAUUUCAGUCUGGUGUUCACAGUGUACCAGACUUUACAAAUAAAGUUUGAUGCCCAUGAUCUGAAUCUGUGAACAAAUGUCUUGAAAUCAUGAAAAGAAUAGACUUGACUGUUUUCACCAGGAUUUUGCGUACAGCAAUUCAGAUCAUGAACACAGUAUUUUUUGGACAGUACCGAUGAUAGCAUAAGAACUUGAGAUAUUACUUGUCCAAGGGAUAUUCCGUCAAUAUGUAGGCAGUAAAUGAUAGAGAUUAUUCUUAAUAUUCAGCAUUGUAGAAUGAUUAAGCUAUAAAUCUUAAUUCCUUAUUGUCGCUGAAGAUUAUAUUUUGGUAAUUAUGCAAAUAAUGUCAAUGUUAUUUUUUUAAUGAUUUUGUUCGUUAUAAUUAAUUUGAAUAUUAUAUUUUGUUUAUUAAUUACAUAUAUGUUGUAGUAUUUUAUUCAAUUAUUAAUUAACACUUGCCAAUAGAUAUGUGUAGUGCUUGUUUUAAAAUUAUUUAUUUUGCACUCUUUAAAUAAAUGACUUCCACAGAGGAAAGUAUUAAAAAACAAAAUGAAAAUUAUUAGUUAUCAUUGUGUUAAAAAAGUUUUCAUAAAACCAUGUUUCAAAAAGACAGUAUUCCAUUAUAUGGUUGGUGUGUGGAUAAUCCAUUGACUGUUCUUGGAUUCAGUUCUCACCUAAUUCCUGGAAGGGACGCUCGAGUAAUUACAAGAAUAUCAACCAAUCAAUAAGACUGAACCAGUGGUCCAACUCCAAAUAUCUCCACAAGUUCAAAGCAGUUGUCAAUUCUGUUAUUGGAUUACAACUUAAAACAUUUAAAACACUUGAUUGUACAUCUUUAUAAUCUUAUUGGUCAACAUAUUUAGAUUUUGUUUAUAAGACACAUCACUUCACGAUUAGUUUUGUAUGGCUAAUGUUACCAACCAAAUUAUCAAACAUUUGUAAAACAAUAAUACAUAUUUUGGUAUAUAUUUCAAUCUGUACAUUAAAUCUAAAGCCAUUUCUAUAAGGUAAGAUGCCUAUAUUUGCCCUCUGUAAGUGUCUUACCAGUUUCAGAGAUAACCUCUGACACAUGUUACUUAUUUUGGUGUAUUUGAUCAAUUCUGUAAGUAUAUCAAAAAUAUUGAUUUAUUAUUGUCUAUUAUAAUGGAAUAAUUAUUUUGUAAAUUUUGUUCUUGAGAUUUUUGAUUAUUUUUAUGAUAAAAAUUGUGCACUCUUCAAAUAGUCUGAUCAGAAAUAUACAGAAAAUUACCAGUAUUCGUUUAAUAAUGUCUGUUCUAACUAGUUUACAAUAAAAAGUAGAUUUGUUUGUGUAAUUAAACUAUAAAGUAAACAGUCUUUAUCAAAAGAAAUUGCAUGAUAUGGUUACUUCCAUCAACAUAAGUUUUUUGAAGAUGGCACAUAGCUAAAUGGGAGGACUGAAGCAGCAAUGUUCUCUGUGAGUUCAGAUAUGCAAGGGGGAGGGGUGAUGAUUGAUUUAUAGUGUGUGUGAUUUAGAUCAUAAGGUAUGCCAUUGAGUCAGGUGUCAUUUCAAACCAAAGUUUGUACAUGACAAGGCAUUAAUAAAUUAAUAUAAGAGAUCCCUCUGGCUACCUUCUACUGCUAGAAACCCCUUCACAAGAGCUAAUUGUUGAAAUAAUAUAUCACCUUUGUCCCAAAAUGACCUAGUUUGUGUUUAGUGGAUGUUAAACCCCAUUUCUCAUUAGCAAGAAUUUUUAUUAUGGUGAAUGAGAAAUAAAUAUUAAUUCAAUAUCUUUUACAUUGUCUGAUUUAUAGUUAAAGGCACAAAUGAAAUAACAUUUGUUAAAAUCAUUUAAUGUAUUUACACCCUUGGUAUCAAAUAGGAUCAUUUUAUAAAAACAUCCUCUGCAGCCUGAUAGAUCAAAGAUGGCUAGAUCACAGAUUCCAGUCACUGCUGAAUUUAGUAACAAUUAGGUAUUUUACUUUAGAUUUCAUUCUGUACAUACAGUAAAAUAAUAAUGAAAUGUAUAAAAGACAUAUAUAAACAAUAGUUAAUAAAGGUACCACAAUUAUGGGUGGCCAGAUGACUUAGAUAGAAAUAAGGAUAAAAAAUCUUCCACUUUGGCAACCAACAGUUCAAUCUGAUUAAAAUACAGAUCUAAAGUUUGUUUCUUUUUUUCAAAUUUUGAUGGCCUCCAAGGUCACGUCAGGGGUCACAUAGGUGAACUUUAAAGAACUUAAAGUAUUAACAUUUAACUUUGCUGUUUACUGCUCUGCAAGUGUCUCCCAUAAUGCAGUGGACAGUCUGGACACCUUGCCUGAAUUUUGAAUAAACAGUAUUUCAUUUGUUAAUCCCAUGUCAAUGAGAACAGGGUUAAUUUAAAAAUCCUAGAUCCUACUGCCUUAAAGACAAAUUAAACGAAAUUUGAAUUAUUGAAUCUGAAACAUAAUAUAAUCUGUCUUUUAAUCAGAUUGUUGGGUUAUUAGAAUCAGGUACCACCAGAUCAUAACAGCAUAUCGUGUGUUCAUUUGUACAACAAUGAAUUAAUUUGUUAUUAAUGUACUAGUUAGAUAUAUGAUAUUGCUUUAUUUUUCAUGGUAUAUUAUUAUAUUUAAACUUGGUAUUGUUUUUUUGUAUUUAUUAGUUAAGCAGAGCUAUCAAAUGGAUAUAUAAAUACAGGUACCGUGGACCUAUUCAAUCUAUCAAUCUAUAUUUAGCCUAUUUGUACAUUGAGCAAGAGGUCACAUGAUCAGACAAAUAAGUAAUCUAACAGAAAAACUUAUACACUUUAUACAAAGACAAUACAGGGUGUAAUAAGCCAAUAAUG